AUGUUCUGGCAACUGAGCUGUGCAAGUCUUUGCUUGUUUCUCUGCAUCUCCAUCGCUCGUGGACUAUUGGCAGUGCGUUCGCUUGAACGACGUGCGCAUUUGGAGUCGCGGAUUUUCGUCCUAGCGCGAUCCUUCCACGGACCGAUAUUUGCAGCAUGCUUGCUGCUUGUGGCACUUCGUGUGGCGUUUUUCUCGCUAAUUGCCACAUAUCAAAUGGACGAGAUGGAGUUUUGGCUAAAAGUCGCUACGUUCUGGCUGCUGGACAUGCCCAGUGUAACCCUGGCGGCGCUACAUGGCUACAUUGUACUCUUCGCAGUGCGUCUGGUGUUCCGACGACGCUGGCCCGGAGCGACGACAUCUGCCUCGAGUGGGGUGUUGACCGCAGUAUUUGUGGCAUUUUGGGCGUCACUCGUCGCGCUGGUGACACUGGUGGCGGUCUGUCGAGCUGAAGGAGACAAGAUGGGGUUGGUGGUGCCGCAAUGGAUGACGUUCGGCUACACUGCUGUCAUCUGGAUGACACUGGGGCUACUGACGAUUAAGUACGUAGGACACGCAGUUCAGAUUCUGUGGCGAUAUCGACGUCGCAGCCAAUGGUGUAUUGGAGAUGGAAGAGAAGAAGCGAGUGGAGCACUCCAGAGGCUGCCAGUGCUAAGCAUCUCCUGUUUGAAGAAGUUGGCAGUGUGCAGCACACUUCUGUCAGCGUUGCUGUUUGCUCGAGGUGUGUUAUAUUGCAAACAUCGUGAUCGUGCUGUACAUGCUACAUCAUACGCCGAUUGCUGUGCAUUGUCUGAGUGA